UGUCGUGGUCGAAGUCAAGCUGCAAUUACAAGACCUAUUUACGGGCAUUUUCGGAUAUGUCUCCCGCCUCCGCGGCUCCCGUCCACGCAGUUUGGAUUCCGUGCAAUCAUGGACCACACUGCAGAGCGCGCUUACCCGACAAAUAACUCGCCGAGAUAGUUGCCGAGGGCACGUUGAGGAUGAUUUUCAGGGACAGCUGUCUUUCAUCAAGAUUUUUGAGUUACUUUACAGGCUGUUUCAUAGGACAGUGCCCCGUUUGCGGAAGUGUGCUAGUUGGAAAAGCAUUUUGUAGCUGUCUGCAUUUCAUAUUGGACAAAUGGUGGACUUGUAGAUCGCGGGACAAGAGAAACUAAAGCUGCAGAAAAGUUGAAUCACACUGCAGAUGUUUUUUGUCAGUGAGAAUGAAACCCCGAUUGUUCUGAAUAGGGAACACUUAAAGUGCUGGUUUUGGGCGACUAGUGCGUAAAACCCAUAGGCCAGGGCCACUGCUGUGUUGAACUUGAGGAGUCAUCUGAGAACGCCUAAGCUCAAAAUAUGUCUUCAAGCCCUGAGCAACAGAGUUUGGACCGUCACAAUGCGACUGAUUCUGAUGCAGAUAUUGUGGUGUACAGGUAUCAUUACGAGGUGCACAUUAUAGCUGCUGUGCUCAUCAGCGGAGCCAUCUUGGGUUCGAUCGGUAACUGCUUCGUUGUCAUUGCAGUCGCCUUAUCUAAGAAAUUACGGACAGCCACCAACGUCUUUGUGGUCAACCUUGCUGUGGCGGACGUCACGACUUGUCUCUUCACACCCUGGCAAGCCGUGGCGAUCCUUGACGGGAAUGAUUGGCCAAUACCAAGGGCUCCCUGGUUGUGCACAGCCUCUGCCUUCGUUGUUGUGACCACAAUCGGAUGUAGCAUCAACAACCUGGCCCUGAUCGCCAUCAACCGCUGGGUGGGUAUCACCAAGUCUCGCUUCACCACACAUCGCAUCUGCACCUCCCGUAAGCUCACCCUAAUGGUCAUCUUCUCCUGGGCUGUGCCACUCUGUUGCGCCUUGACACCAGUCGUCACCGACGUCGGUGAACUUGGCUACGAAAAGCUGUACAGAUCCUGUACCUGGGUAAGAUCGAAUCCGUAUUCGAGGUACUACAACAUAUUUGUCACAGCAAUAAACUACCCGAUUCAGUUGAUUGUCAUUGUCUUCAGCUACACUUCAAUCUUCUGCUACGUCCGAAAGACGUCGCAGAAGAUGGCCCGAGCAGAUGCCCCGUCCGUCUCGGAUAAAGUCAGCGGCGGAGGAGCAAGCCGUGCCACGAGGAAAAAGCUGCGGAAGAGGCAACUUGACGUCACCAAGAACCUGCUCUACAUCGUCUUGGCGUUUGUCCUCUGCCUGAGCCCCUACUUCGUGUCUAUCAUUUCCUCUGCAGACUGGAGUUACCGUCUAGCCCCUUGGGGAGCCGUUGUUUUGUCCUGCAACAGCUCCGUGAACCCUAUCAUCUACGCCACCUCGCACCCAGAUUUCAAAGUGGCUUUUAGGCACAUGGUAUUAAGGUGUCAGAAGAUUCCUGUCGAUAAACGGAGUCAGCGUUACAGUUCUAGCAACACAGAGGAAACACGAGCUUAAAGGCAUGGGGGAAUGUCCGGAACUGCUCCGUUGUCAGCACCAGAAGCUGGGCAAUGAGGCUUGAAACGGUACGGGGGAGCAGUAAAUGAGUGUGCCUCACGGAAAAUCCCCACCUUACUCCCAUAUUUAU